UGAGGGAAGAUAAUCACAACCAAGGGAAGUGAACAUACCACCUGAGGUCAGCAUAAUAUGUGAAGGAUAGCACCAAAUACCUUGGAAUUCCCCAAGAGAGGAGGAGACUUCAAAGAAGUUGAGACAGAUCUGAGAAUAGUCAUGAACAGCGAGAAUAAGAUAGAGGCCAUUAACACCUACGUCCUGCCAGUAAUUACAUCUGGAGGCGAUGCCAGCCACUGACAUCAAGACAAGAAAUCUACUUAUGUAAUUUAUACCAACACACACACACGCACGAUCCUCCCAGCUCGUUUGAGAGUCUUGUCCAAUGGGAUUUCCACUUGCGUUUUGCCAUGUCAAAGUUAUCUGGUUUUGGCGUUCAGAAUCCCUAUUGCUGGUUCAGGACAAAAAUUGUCCUUUUUCACAUAUUAACUAGUUAGAUUAAACUAGUAAUUAUAAAUUUACAUUCAUUAUUCUACGAGUCACAUUAUCUCUCAGGUCUCUCUCGCCAUAGGUUGCAUUUUGUCGCCCUCUGAUUGGUUGAAUUUCCCGUCAUCUGAUUGGUUGAUCAUUGUCUAGUUACCUCAAUGGAGUCGCACAGGUGCCAAGAUGGGGGAUUAUCUGACAUGAUUACAAAUUAGGUUUCAAAGUGUUUUUAAAUAGAAAAUAAAAAAUGGACAUUAUGAGGACAGCGCGAUUACUCUGGUUAAACCAGCAAAAGGGUUUAUUCGCUUCACUUCCAGACCAGCAACAACUUGCUAGUUGUGACUGCUACUCUUCGCUAAAAGUGGCCUCGACAACUCAACACCACAAACUUUUGAGGAGCAAACUUCCACAAAACGCAUUUUGCCAUUUGGAGUCGGAGCGCAGUGUCUUGAAAAGGAGAGAAUGGGAGAGGAGGACCCAGGAGGUUCAACAGGAUGAAGAUUUGUACUCAACGGGAUUCAACCUGUUUGGGGAACCUUACAAAACUAAUAAAGGUGAUGCGUUGGCGAGUCGGGUCCAGAACACGCUCGGCUCCUAUGAGGAAAUGAAGGACCUGUUAACCAGCCAUUCAAACCAGAGCCACUUAGUGGGAAUCCCCAAAGGCAGCAGUGUCAACAACAACACCUUGCAAACAGCAACCACUUCAGCGAGCGAGAGAGCCACAAUGGAUUCCCAGCUUUUCACUGAGACCCUGAAUGGAGGCCCAGGAGUGGAGGGGGGAGGAUUCGAGGGAGCUGGGGAAAAAAAGAUUGCAAAUGCGUCCUCGGCAUCCUCAAAUUCCUUGAAACCUCCUGCGUCGACGACGACGUCAUCGAGUGCGCAGACGUUGCCGCAUCAGAAUUCCAAAAAGUCCAGGAGCUCCGCGGAGAGGGCAAAGGGAGGCCAUCCACAGAGCGCCCCAGCAACAGGCGUCCAUCUGGGCUUGGAGCAAGGCCAAAGUCAGGCUCCCGGAGCUGCAAAUGAAAGGGGGAAAGUGUCGAUGUUUGAAGAGCAACAACUCCAAAGGCACGAUGAGCUUUUCAGCUCAUUGAAAGAUGAAUUAGGUCUAAAAAGAGAUUUAAGCCCUUCUUCUUCAUCUUCAUCCUCCUCUUCUUCCACCUCCUCGAGGAGACGCCAUUCUUCACACCCCACAAAAACCCUUCCUCUCUUAGAUGGAAAUUAUCGAUCUUCUACCAUGGACGCAGGUCAUUGCAAGUCCUCAGGCUCACCAUUAGUAAUUGAAGCAAGCUCUCACCUCUCCUCGUCCUCAUCCCCGCUGGCUUCCACCUCACUUUUGUCCGCACCUGUACCUGGUCUAACCACUCCCACAUCCACAUUCCCAGUGGGCGGCCUAUCAGGGAAGCCGAUGGCAGUGCAGCAGAAGCCGACAGCCUACGUUCGGCCGAUGGAUGGGCAGGACCAGGCACCCAUUGACUCUCCGCAAUUAAAGCCACUUCCUGUGGCCCCGGAGGGGUUCAGCUGUGCUCCAACAUUUGGCGGAAACUCUGGGAACAUGAAGAAUAAACUCCCCAAAUUGAGUCUGAGCCACACUACGGAGGUCAACCUUCCAAAUGACUCCAGCUGUGUAGAAGAGAUCUUGCGGGAGAUGACUCACUCCUGGCCACCCCCUCUCACAGCCAUUCACACCCCUGGAAAAGCGGAUCAAACCAAGUUCCCCAUUCCAAGCAAGGAGUUGCAGCAUAUGACCUUAAGCUACAACACCCAGAAGCGAUGUACUGUAUCAGCUAGCAAGCCAGCUGCGAAACCAACAACCGCACCACAAAAGUCAAUGCUGGAGGAUGACUUAAAAAUCAGCAGUGACGAGGAAGAGGCAGAGCAACAGGUGUCCAACAAACCCAAAGCCAGAGCGACCGCCGUAAGUGGCGCGUCGGGGAGCAGCAGCGAAUCGGAGAGCAGCUCAGAGUCGGACACCGACGAAUCGGAGAGCAGCUCCAGCGAUAGCGAGUAUAACCAGGCCACUCGCACCAACUCCCCUGAGCCUGAGCCAUCCUCAACUAACAAGUGGCAGCUGGACAGCUGGUUGAACAAGGUCCAAGCGCAAACCAAACCUCUGGUGGCCCCGCAGCAAGAUCAUCAUGGCGCAGGUUCCGUCACCCAGAAUCAGCAAACGUUUCCGCAGCACAGCGAAGCAGCAGGAGCGGCUGCGACCCCCAAGGCUAAACCCUGCGGGUCCAGCGGUGUGGCGCUUCCCACGGCGCCGACGGUGGAGCACAAAGAUUCCAGGGGAGCAUUCUGCCCAAGCAGAGAGAAAACGAAGGCCAAGCUCGCCCAGAAGGCAUCUGGGGAGGGUCAGAGGUCAAAAAUGAGACUGUCACCGGGAGUGAUGUCCGGACCAGAGGUCGCCACACCGAGGAGGACCACAACAGGGAAGAAACAGCCCAGACGAACAGAAAGGUCGAACAGCGUGGAGGAUAAUCAGAGUCAGACAUGGAGCAGAUCAACCCAGCAAAGUAGCCCUGCAGUAAGAGAAAAGGACCUGUACCCUCCACCCUCCGUGGAGCAUCAGAACGCUUCCAGGCCGAGAACCAAGCCCCCCAGCGGGAAAACGGCUCCCAGAAAAGAACCUCGCAGUUCUACCAACUCAAACAACGCAGUUCCACAACCAGUACCACUGCAGCAAACCACUGUUCCAAUACCUACUGUCAAUGUAAACCAGGACAAGAGAAAGCACAGAGGCCCGAGUAGCAAAAUUACACCGAAGUCCAGAGAGUUUGUCGAAACAGAUUCUUCCUCCUCCUCUUCGGAAUGCCAGUCGGAUUCAGAAGAUGCCCUGAAAAUUUCUGCUUUGCCGCUUCAGUCGACGCGUACCGCAAUUAGCACACAGCCUCAGUCCAACUCGUACACGCCACCUCGUCCCUGCGUCGGCUCGGCCGGCAGCACGGGAAGUCUGGGAGUCUUCGGAGGGAAGGGAGUUUGUGUCCGAGAUGGCGGCAGCAGUGUGACCACCAACAUUAAUAGUAGCACUAGUAGCAUCAGCAAUGGUGGUAGUGGAGGUAGUAGUACCGCUAACACGCUAAGCAUUAUCAACAUAAGUGGUUCAUUUGGGACCUCCGUCCCCGACCCUGGAGGGUUAGGCGGACUGUACAAAAACCCGGAGUCCAUGUCACCGCACUUCAACGCGGGACAAGAUUUUCCUUUUUCCCCGCUUGUGGAAUACCAGGAGACUCGGAGUCUAUGGGUGAAGAUUGACCUGAGCUUACUUAACAGGUUGCCGGGGCAGGGCUUCGGUCGAGUAUCGAAGGUGGGAAUAAAAGAACAAGACGGAAUUGAAAGGAGAGGAUGUGAGAGACCAGGGGAAAGGGUCACGGUGGCCGACCGAGAGAGACAAAAACAGGAUGACAGAGAGUGGCAAGGGCUCAGGGAUAGACCGAAGUUACCUAAAGGGGAGCAGCAGAAUGAAAAAAACGAGCCAUUAGUCCAGGACACAGAGAGGCAGUGUGACGGCAAUAGAUUAACAGAGAGGGACAGGCAGGCUGACAGAGAGGAGAGAGAAAGGUUCAAUUUAGGAGAGAGAGACAAGGUGACAGAAAGAAGAGAGAAGGCAUGUCAGGGGCUCAGGGUCCUGGACAACCCCCUUGUGCAGGACAAGAGUCUCCCGAGGCUGCCCGGGAGGACAGAACGAGGAGAGAGUGGAGGAAAGCACAGGAGGCAAGCUAAUGGCGGCGCGGUGGUUCCGACAGAGAAGCGCACCAGCAAGAGCAAGAGAAAACACAAGUUGGAGCACAUGGAGCCAUCCGCCAGCACUAAUAAAAAGCUACAAUUGGACAAAGACUGUCAGCUCCUUCCACCUUGUAUCUCUCCAAUACACAACCACAAAAACAGCUCUAUGGAAUCCCUGAACAGGAAGCAGUCCCGGCGGCAAGACGAGAAGCUCCUUCCUCCGCUGCUGUCCCCGCUCUCUGAAGAGCCCCCCCAUAAACGGACAUGCGAAAACAGUUUGUCUCUCAGCCAGGAUGGCGGCGCCACCUCCGCGGUGCCUUGCCCCGUCGCCUCGUCCGCGCACAGACACAGGAGAGGAGAAAGCAGAGCAUUGUCGCAUGCCAGAAACGCUGCUACUAGUCUAACAGAUCAUCACAAGAAGAAGCCCUUUGGUUCCCAUGCCAAUGGGCAGUCUGAUUCAGAUGCGUGGUCAGAACCAGUGACCGAACCCGGAGAACCUUCGAGACCAAGACUGUCCUUUAGUGACACAGUCCACAGCGCAGACUACUAUAUGCAGGAGGCCAAAAGGCUAAAGCACAAGGCCGACGCAUUGAUGGACAAAUUCGGGAAAGCAGUGAACUACGCGGACGGCGCCCUCUCCUUCAUUGAGUGCGGAAAUGCGAUGGAACGCGAUCCUCUCGAGGCCAAAUCUCCGUACACAAUGUAUUCGGAAACUGUGGAGCUAAUCAGGUAUGCCAUGAGGUUGAAGAACUUCACCAGCCACUCAGCCACCAUAGCUGAGAAGAAACUGGCUGUGUUGUGUAACCGCUGUCUGUCUCUGCUGUAUCUGCGGAUGUUCCAUCUGAAGAAAGACCACGCUGUGAAGUACUCACGUUCGCUGAUGGAGUAUUUCAAGAACUCAGCCAAAAGCUCCCAUCAAGCACCUUCUCCCUGGAGGACGAAUGGAAAGAUCAACGGGACUCCGUCUCCGCUCUCUCUCAGCCUGUCCCCGGCCAGCGGCGGCGUCGGGGGAGGAGCAUUUGGAGGUGCGGCAAAUUCAUCUGGCAGCGUAGCGAUCCCGCAACGCAUCCACCACAUGGCGGCCAGUCACGUCAACAUCACCAACAACAUCCUACGCAGCUACGAGCACUGGGAGACGGCCGACAGAUUGGCUACCGGUAGUCAAGAGUUCUUCCAGGGCCUGGACUCGCUGAUGGAGCCGUUAAGUCAGCAGAGCGGCAUGACCGAGCUGGUCCGUUACAUCAGACAGGGGCUGCACUGGCUCCGCAUCGAGGCUCACCUGCUGUAGGCGCUGGACCGGGGAGCAACGUACAGUAUUUAAGAAAAAAGAAAAAUGAAAACCAUAAAACGGGCCUGGGAGCUAGAACUGGGAUCAGUGAGAUGACACAUGCGCCGGGGGACCUUGAAAUGACUCAACGCGGAGUCAUAACGUAAUGGCAUUGACGAGGUGGAUUUAUUGGGCGAAAAAAAUCAAUCGGCGCUUUGAAAUGAACAGUAAUGACAUCUUUCUGAAUGUGACUCACCCGGUACAAAUUAGCAUAAUUGAAUUAAUGCGCCUCUCAUACGUGUUGUUUCAAAAUUCCUGCCUGAAUAGGAAUACGAGUUUGAAGUGUUUUAAACAAGACCAAAAGGAAAGGCUCAAGCGGGCUGAUGUUCGGAAGGGAGGUCCACAGAGGCUCCAGGAAACCCGUCCUCUGAUAUCGAUCCGGCUGCCAAAGUAGUGGUCCAACUCGCCAAUUAGAUCGGGGGGUGUGGGGGGCACGCAGGUAACGAGGCUAUCUUGUAAACAUUACAAAUCUUUUCGGAACAGAACAAAUGAAGCUUCUCGUGCUCUAAAUUCUCUCGCGGUCGUUGAUUGCAAAGCCAUCGGAUGCUUCACUGUGUGAUUGGUUGUCCUUUUUAUUUAUUCUUUUUUUAAAAAUUUCAUAUUUUCAACAACUGAAG